AAAAUAAGAAACCCUCUUUCUCCCAACGGCUACUUUGGAGACUCGGAACUAUUCUCCAGCAACCCAACAAAACCACCCAUAUACCCACCCCAAAUUUCACAGGCAACAACAACAUAAUCAAAUCUUUCGGAAACCCAGAAAUCUCUCAUACUGUCUUGACGAAGACCAACUUCUUUUAUUUUUAUUUUUUCCCAUUUUUUGUUGAAGAAAAUCAAGCUCGAAUAUUAUGGAUUCAACGCCCCCAAAUCAUCAGCACCGAUCUGAGCUUCGGGCCCGGACUAAAUCGGCAUCGCGACUCGCUCAAACCGAAGAAGUCCCUCAUCUCUCCCUUGGUCUCAUCGAAUCAUCGCCCAAGAGAACUCUAUUAUCACCUUCUGUACCGUCUCUAAAAUCUCCCAGUUCUCUCCCUCUUAAAGAGCUUCUGCUUCUUUCUCCUUCCCCUCUUCGAAGAUCCAAGACCCGUCUCGCCGAUCGGCUAGAUAUGGCCGAAGAGCCCGCGGAGCAGGUGGGAGUGCGGCGGCGUUGUAAGACUAGGACAUCUCAAUUGGGUUUGCUGGGUUGUGCCUCGCCAAGGAAUGCCAGAAGAUCGAGGAGGCGAUCAGAAAUAGAAGUUAGAGAAGAGAAGGAUUUACCUCUGGCUGAAGAGUUUGGAAAGCCAAGGAAAAGGCGCCAUAGCACAAGGUCUAAGAAGGAGAAGCUGAGCUUAGUCCCUUCUGUGCCCUCUUCAAGUUUAUCUCCAAAAAUUGAUGAGGACUGUCAAGGUAGUCUAGAUCGAAUCGGGUGUUUGAUAAGUGAUCUAGUCAUGUGGAGAGAUGUGGCCAAGUCUAGCCUUUGGUUUGGUUUUGGAUCUUUGUUCUUCUUCUCUUCUUGCUUUGCACAAGGAUUUAGUUUUAGCAUAUUCUCAGCGAUUUCCAAGCUGGGUUUUUUGUUUUUAGGCUUGUCUUUCUUCUCAAACUCAAUACGUCAAAGGGAUAACAAUGAAGGGAAUAAGGAAUCCCUGCUUAAAGAAGAUGAUAUUUUACGUUUUGCCAGAAUGAUUCUACCGUUUACAAAUCUUGCAAUCUCAAAGACAAGAGAUGUUUUCUCUGGAGAGCCAUCCAUGACUCUCAAAGUAGCUCCCCUUUUACUUUUAGGAGCUGAAUAUGGUCAUCUUUUUACCUUGUGGAGACUCUCUGCAAUUGGGUUUUUUAUGGCGUUCAUGGUCCCGAAAAUGUACUCAUCUUACUCCAUUCAAAUCAGCCAAAAAGUUGAGUACUUGAUAUGGAGGGUGUUGGAAACAUGGGGAACUUGCUCACACAAAAAGAUGGUGGCAAUAUCAGCAAUCACGGCCUUUUGGAAUCUGUCUUCUCUAAAGACAAGAAUUUUUACAGCAUUUAUCUGUCUGGUAUUAGUUAGAUACUGCCGGCAGCAUAUAGUGGAAGAUUUAGAAGAAAGGGAAGUAGAAGGAGAAAGAGAAGGAGAAGGAAAUCAAGAACAGGAACAAGAACAAGAACAAGGGGCAUUGAUUUUGGCAGAUGUUGUGUGCCAACAGUAGUAUUAGAAGUAGUAUAUAUGUUUAGUAACCAAUUAAAAAUGUCUACUGUAAUCAGCUAACACUGUGAUGGUUAGCCAUAAAAGUGAUUCUUCUAUUUCCAAAAUGUACUAUGACAAAUAAAUUGUCUUUUGGAUGCUUUA